CAUGGGGGUGCCCCUGGGCCGGAUCACGUAGCCACUGCGCCCCGAGAGCCAACGUAUCCCUUCCUGCGUCCGUGCCAUGGUCGGCCGCGGCGCCUCCUUGUGUGCGGUGCAGCCCGCGGUGGCUGAGUGCGGCCCAGCUCGAGAAGCCCCGCCGCUUGAAGUAUCCCCGCGCAAGAGGCUGCCCGCCGGGCUCGACCAAGAUCCAUGCAGCAGCCGCCCUGCUCCGGAAGGCGCCGGGGCCAGCGCAGAGCAGGGCCACUCGGCCGGUGGGGGCGGAUGGUGCCGCCACUGCCACACGAAGCUCGUGGAGCUCAAACGACAGGCGUGGAAGUUGGUCAGCGGGCCCGGGACUCCCCUCCGGGAUCCUUGCCUCUCUACCCUGCUGCUUGACAAGCUCCCAGCAUCUGGGGUUCAGCCAGCUUGCCGCCCCGAGGCCGAGAGCCGCUGUGACGUAUGCACCACGCAUCUGCACCAGCUCACUCGGGAAGCCCUGCGCCUGUUACAGACCCCCGCCAGCCACGAGGACCCCGAUGCUUCCCGAGGAGGUCUUGCGGCUCCCAGUCCUAGGGACCCACCUGGACCAGGGGGCCUCAUGGGGAGGCAGUCCCCUGUGGGACCUGACAGGAGGAAGGCAACAGCUUGGCCACCUGGCCCCAGCGUCCAGGUGUCCGUGGCACCGGCAGGCCUUGGGGGAGCGUUGAGCACAGUCACCAUCCAGGCCCAGCAGUGUCUGGAGGGUGUGUGGAGCCUCUCGAGGGUCAACAGUUUCUUGCCACCUACUUGCCUGGCUGAGGCUGCUGUAGCUGCUGUGGCUGUGGCCGACACUGUCCGAGACUGUUCCCCAACAGCAGGUUCUGAUCGAAUGUCUAAGGCGUGGGGCCGAGGGGCAGCAUGCACUACAGCCCUGGUUACUCCAGCCCCAGGCACCUCAGCAGGGAGUUCCACAGGUCCAUCGGCAGCGGCCUCUUUCUUUAUAAGGGCUGCCCAGAAGCUCAGCUUGGCCUCCAAGCGCAAGAAGCAUCACCCACCACCUGCGCCAUCCACUCGAGGGACAUCCACGUACCCCACAGACUUCAGUGGCACUCUGCAACUGUGGCCACCCCCGGUGCCCCCCUGCCUGCUCAGGGCAGCCUCUAAGGCCAAGGAAAACCCCAGCAGCUUUGGAAAGGUGAAGGUUAUGCUGCGCAUAUGGCCAGCACAAGGAGUCCAGCGCUCAGCCGAGUCCACAUCCUUCCUGAAGGUGGAUUCUCGCAAGAAGCAGGUGACGCUCUAUGACCCGGCUGCCGGGCCUCCAGGCUGUACAGGUCUCCGGCACGCCCCCACGGCGCCAGUCCCCAAGAUGUUUGCUUUUGACGCCAUCUUCCCUCAGGACUCGGAACAGGCUGAGGUCUGCUCGGGGACAGUGGCUGACGUGCUCCAGUCUGUGGUUGGUGGAGCUGACGGCUGCAUUUUUUCCUUUGGCCACAUGAGCCUCGGCAAGUCAUAUACCAUGAUUGGGAAGGACAGCUCACCCCAGAGCCUGGGCAUCGUGCCCUGUGCUAUCUCCUGGCUCUUCAGGCUCAUUGAUGAACGCAAGGAAAGGCUGGGCACACGCUUCUCCAUCCGUGUGUCUGCCGUGGAAGUGUGUGGCCACGACCAGAGUCUGCGGGACCUGCUUGCUGAGGUGGCUUCCGGCAGCCUUCAAGACACCCAGUCCCCGGGCGUGUACCUUCGGGAGGACCCUGUGUGUGGGACACAGCUCCAGAACCAGAACGAGCUGCGUGCACCGACAGCAGAGAAGGCAGCCUUCUACCUGGACGCAGCCCUGGCAGCCCGCAGCACCAACCGUGCUGGCUGCGGGGAGGACACCCGGCGUACCUCCCACAUGCUCUUCACGCUGCACGUGUACCAGUACCGUGUGGAGAAGUGUGGGCAAGGCGGAAUGUCUGGAGGUCGUAGCCGCCUGCACCUUAUCGACCUGGGCAGCUGUGAGGCAGCCCUCAGCAGAGGAGGGGAAACUUCAGGAGGACCCCUGUGUCUGUCUCUGUCAGCUCUGGGCAGUGUCAUCCUGGCCUUGGUCAACGGGGCCAAGCAUGUGCCCUACAGGGACCACAGACUCACCAUGUUACUCCGGGAGUCCCUGGCUACCACCAACUGCCGAACCACAAUGAUUGCGCACGUCUCAGACUCCCCGGCCCACCACGCAGAGACACUCAGCACUGUGCAGCUGGCUGCCCGUAUCCACCGCCUGCGCAGGAAGAAGGGCAAGCAUGCAUCCAGCUCCUCAGGAGGCGAGAGCUCCUGUGAGGAGGGCCGGGCCCGCCGUCCCCCGCACUUUCGGCCCUUCCACCCACGCACCAUGGUGUUGGACCCUGACCGCUCGGCUCCUGGCCUGUCUGGGGACCCCGAUUACUCCUCCAGCAGUGAGCAGUCCUGCGACACCGUCAUCUAUGUGGGUCCCGGCGGGACGGCGCUGUCAGACCGUGAGCUCACUGACAAUGAGGGACCCCCUGACUUCGUGCCCAUUAUCCCGGCACUGAGCCGACGCAGGCCCUCCGAGGGACCCCGGGACGCCGACCACUUCCGCUGCAGUACGUUCGCUGAGCUGCAGGAACGUCUGGAGUGCAUAGACGGCAGUGAGGGAGUCCCUAGCUCCAAAGGUGGCUCUGACGGACCCCAAGCCAGCCCGGCCCGGGGAGGCAGGAAUCCCUCGUUACCUGAGGCCACGUCCCCCAGGAAGGCUGUGGCCCCCACAGUGGUUACCAGUUGCCCUCGAGGCAGCCCUGGGCAAGAUACUCACCGGAGCGCCUCAGAGCCCUCUAAGACUGGCACGCAGGGUGAUCAGAGAGUGGAUGGUACCUGGCCCGAGCCACCUGCUCCAGACAAGACCACAGGAGGCGGGGGCAGGAAGCCACUGCCCAGUCCAGCCCCUCCGCCGCCUCGGCAGCCGGAAGCUCGAGGAGUCCCCACAGAACCUGGGGGAGAGGGCGCCGACGGCGUGCUGCGGACACCCCCGGUGGGCAUGAGUGGGCAGGCGGCUCGUGGGCGCCAUCUGGAGAGAGGCCUGCUGACCACCACAGUGACCCUGCAGCAGCCAGUGGAGCUCAAUGGCGAAGAUGAGCUGGUGUUCACAGUGGUGGAGGAGCUACCUCUGGGCGGACUCGCAGGGGCCACACGGCCCUCCAGUCUGGCCAGCAUGAGCAGCGAUUGUUCCCUGCAGGCCUUGGCUUCAGGCUCCAGGCCAGUCAGUAUCAUCAGCAGUAUCAAUGAUGAGUUUGACGCUUAUACCUCGCAGGUGUCUGAGGGCCCCGGAGACUCUGGGGAGCUCCCAGAGGGAGCAAUGUGGGCUGGUGGCAGUCCAGCCUCAUCCAUUGGUUCCUGGCUGAGCGACGUUGGUGUCUGCUUGUCUGAGAGCCGUGGUCCCACGCCACAGCCUCCCUUCAGCCCUGACUCUGCAGCAGGGCCCGGCCCACCAGAGUUUCCUACCCCAAACAGCUCCUUAGAGGAAAGCAAGGUCAGGGCCUCAGAGUGUGGAAGACCAGACAAUCCUGGCUCAGUCCGGAGUCCCCACCCUGGGGAGGCGGUUACAACGACUCCGACACAACUUGGCAGAGAGCCUUGGGCCAGGUCUCCGCAUGAGGCAGCCUCAGCCCAGACACUCCACUCCAGCCUGCCCCGGAAACCCAGGACUACCUCCACAGCCAGCCGAGCUCGUCCUAGCCGGGGUCCAUACAGCCCCGGCAGCCUGUUUGAGGACCCUUGGCUACUCCGGGCAGAGGACUGUGACGCACGCCAGAUAGCCUCCACAAGCCCAACCCCAGGCUCCCCUCGAUUGCCUGAGACUCAGAUAAUGCUGGCUUGUGGCCAGAGAGUGGUGGAUGGGUGUGAGGUGGCAUCCAGAAUAUCCCGGAGACCAGAGGCUGUGGCUCGGAUCCCACCUUUGCGGAGGGGAGCCACCACGCUGGGAGUGACCACACCUGCCUCGUCCUGUGGGGACGCUCCAGCAGAGGCAGUUGUCCAUUCAGGAAGCCUGAAGACCACCUCCGGCAGUAAGAAGAGCGUAUCUCCCAAGGGGGCCUUCUUUCCAAGACCUAGUGGGGCAGGUCCCCCAGCCCCACCUGUGCGCAAGUCUAGCCUGGAGCAGAGCAUGGCCCUUGCCCCUACCCAGGCCCUGGGACUGACCAGGGCAGGGACUACUUCUGCCUUCCGAGGGGAGGAGGAAGUCAGGCCCAGUGGUCGGUCUGAUUCCUCUGUUCCCAAAGCCACAUCCAGCUUGAAAGCCCGAGCUGGCAAGAUGGAGGUGACACACCGUCCCUCUGGCCACAUGUCCCUGGAACGAUGUGAAGGCCUGACCCACGGCAGCAGCAAGGUCAGAGAUGUCUCAGGACGGCCACCAAGGGCUGUGCCCAGGUUGGGUGUACCACCCGCCAGCCCUCCACUUGGACCAGCACCUGCCUGUAGGAGCAGCCCAGCUAAGGGUGUUGGAGCAACCAAGCCUCCAGCUGGUGGGGCUAAGGGUCGUAAUCUGGGGCCUAGUACAUCUCGGGCACUGGGUGCUCCGGUGAAGCCACUGGCGCCUGUGGCGGGCAAGACAGCUGGUGGCUCUGUGCCAGGACCCCGAACUGUUCCACGGGCUGUGCCGGGUAUUGGGGCCAAGGCAGGCAGGGGCACCAUCAUGGGCACUAAGCAGGCAUUCCGGGCUGCCCAUAGCCGCGUCCACGAAUUGGCAGCCAGUGGAUCUCCUGGUCGAGGCGGCCUCUCCUGGGGCUCGACGGACUCAGACAGCGGCAAUGACAGCGGAGUGAACCUGGCUGAGGAGCGACAGCCCGCGAGCCCCGCCCUGCCCUCCCCCUACAGCAAAGUGACAGCACCGAGGAGACCCCAGCGCUAUAGCAGUGGCCAUGGCAGUGACAACAGCAGCGUGCUGAGCGGGGAGCUCCCCCCUGCUAUGGGCCGUACCGCCCUGUUCUACCACAGCGGCGGGAGCAGUGGGUACGAGAGCAUGAUCCGGGACAGCGAGGCCACAGGCAGCGCCUCCUCAGCCCCGGACUCCAUGAGCGAGAGUGGAACAGCCUCCCCGGGUGCCCGUUCCCGCAGCCUCAAGUCCCCAAAGAAAAGGGCCACAGGUCUACAGCGGCGGAGGCUGAUCCCAGCUCCGCUUCCUGAUGCUGCCGCCUUGGGCCGCAAGCCCAGCCUCCCUGGGCAGUGGGUGGACUUGCCCCCUCCCCUGGCCGGCUCUCUGAAGGAACCCUUCGAGAUCAAGGUGUAUGAAAUAGAUGACGUGGAGCGUCUGCAGCGGCACCGGCUACCUCUGAGGGAGAAUGAAGUCAAGCCCUCCCAGGAUGUGGAGAAGGGCCCAGUGUGCAUCAGCUCCAAGCUCCGCCUAGCUGAGCGCAGGCAGCAGCGGCUACAGGAAGUGCAGGCCAAACGUGACCACCUCUGUGAGGAGCUGGCUGAGACCCAGGGCCGGCUGAUGGUGGAACCCGGGCGCUGGCUGGAGCAGUUUGAGGUGGACCCAGAGCUGGAACCGGAGUCAGCUGAGUAUCUGGUGGCCCUGGAGCAAGCCACAGCUGCCCUGGAACAGUGUGUUAAUCUGUGCAAGGCCCAUGUCAUGAUGGUCACCUGUUUUGACAUUGGAGUUGCUGCCACCACUGCCGUACCUGGGCCACAAGAGGUGGAUGUUUGAGGCUGAGCACAGGGCAUAGGCGGGACGUGCAGGGCAGGGGUGUGAGCAUAGCAUGUGGGAUGGAGUGAGGAUGUCGAGGGGGAUUGGCAGGUUGAAGAUGCAGAGUCUGUGCAGGACCGG